AUGGCAUUGAAUUCAGAUGACAGGACUUUAUACAUAGGAAACUUGGACAGAAAUGUUUCAGAAGAAGUUCUGUAUGAACUUUUUUUGCAGGCUGGUCCAAUUGAAAGAGUAGCUAUAGUCAGUAAUAGUGUAGAUUCCUUUCGAUAUGGAUUUGUGACUUACAAACAUGAGGUGUCUGUUGAUUAUGCUAUUAAGUUAUAUAAAGGAACUUAUUUGUUUAAAAAAGUUUUGUCUAUUAAAAAAAAAGGGAAAAGUUAUACCAAUCCUCAACCGAAUUUAUAUAAUAAACAUGUUGCAAUGGAAUCGAAUGAAAUGUUUAAUAGGCAAAAUGUCGAAUAUAACCAAGUAACACAGGAUGUAUUACCUGCAGAUUUACAGGGAUAUUCUAAUAAUAAUCCAGAUAUGUUACUUAAUUGUAAAAAUGACAUUAUGAAUUUGGAAAGACCUAACAGAAACAAACAUUAUAGGCAUGAUCUUAGAAAAUACCCAAGAUCUCAUGACAUUAAAAAAAAACAUAAAGACAGGAAUACAGGUGGUGUGUCAUAUCGAAGCAGAAAAAAAAGAUAUUUAUGA